AUUCCAAUUCGCGUGCCCUUCUUUUUCGCUCACUGUCAGAUCUCUUUUUCUCUUUCGUCUAGUCUGGUCUAAUCCCACCCAUCCCCUAGUUUCUCUCUCCAUGGUCCAUGCUUUUUUUCUCCCCAGCGCUCUCCCUGUCUCUUCUUCAUAGCUGGGAAUAUUUCUCUCUCUAGGACUCAUUUGAGGGGGUUUAUCUUUUUUUUUUUUUUGAGAUACAUUGCAUUUUUCCUCCUCUGUUUUUAAGAGGCCAGCUGCUCUCUGUUUCAUCUAGCAGGAGAUGCGUCGGAGACGAACCCAGUUGUUGCUAAGUUGUUAGAGAGUGAGUGUAAGAUACAUGAUGAAGAGUUCAAGUUUAAAGAAAUGGGCAGUGGGAUUUGCACUUGGAAAUGAAGGAGAGGCAACGUUGGAGAGCUGAGGAGGACGCAUUAUUACGUGCUUAUGUCAAACAGUAUGGUCCUAGGGAAUGGAAUCUUGUGUCCCAGCGCAUGAACACGCCCCUUAACAGGGAUGCCAAAUCCUGCUUAGAAAGGUGGAAGAACUAUCUCAAGCCUGGCAUCAAGAAGGGAUCUCUCACUGAAGAAGAACAACGACUUGUCAUCCGACUCCAAGCAAAGCACGGCAACAAAUGGAAGAAAAUUGCUGCAGAAGUCCCAGGUCGCACUGCUAAGAGGUUAGGUAAGUGGUGGGAAGUAUUUAAAGAGAAGCAGCAGAGGGAAAAGAAAGAAAUCAAUAAAACAGUUGACCCAAUUGACGACACUAAAUACGAUCAUAUACUUGAGACUUUUGCUGAGAAGCUGGUGAAAGAACGCCCUUCUCCAUCCUACCUUAUGGCUGCUUCAAAUGGAGCUUUUAUUCACACUGAUGCAUCAGCUCCUGCGUCAGCUAUGCUUCCUCCAUGGCUUUCAAACCCAAAUAACUCUACAACUAUUAGGCCACCUUCCCCUUCUGUGACGCUAAGUCUCUCUUCCUCAGCUGUAGCUGCACCACCUCCUUUUCAAUGGCUACAACCUGAGAGAGCGCCAGAGAAUGCUUCUCUUGUUAUGGGGAAUGUAACACCUCACGGAACUAAUCCGGCUUUUGGUGAUAACCUGCUACUACCUGAGCUAAUUGAGUGCUGUAAAGAGUUGGAAGAGGGGCAUAGGGCAUUGUCAUCCCAUCGGAAAGAAGCAGCAUGGAGGUUAAGGCGGGUGGAGUUGCAGUUGGAGUCAGAGAAGGCAUGUCGGAGGCGGGAGAAGAUGGAAGAGAUUGAGGUGAAGAUUAAAGCUCUCCGGGAAGAAGAGAAGGCUGCUUUGGAUAGAAUUGAGGCUGAGUACCGGGAGCAGCUAGCUGGACUGAGAAGAGAUGCAGAAACCAAGGAGCAGAAGUUGGCUGAGCAAUGGGCUGCAAAGCACUCAAAGCUUAAUAAGUUUCUGGAGCAGAUGGGGUGCAGAACCAGGCUUGCUGAGCAAAAUGGAAGAUGAAGACUCCAUCCUCUUGGAACAUGAAAUUUAAACUGUGUUUGCUUCUAUGUUGUUUCGAUUUUGUGUCUAUUCUCGCAGAAAUUGUACUACCGUUUGUCCUACUUAUUUUACACGACUAUGAGGUUAUUGGUUAAUACGACUAUGAGGGUAUUGGUUGAUGUAGGAGGCAUGGUUUUGCAUCCGUCGUCGCGAAUACAAACUUGGUCGUGACAACAAAUUUGUAUGAAUAACUUGUCCUCCGGAAGAGUGUGAUGGCAUG